GAGCAGCUCUCCUGGAGAAGAGGACUGGGGCAGGGCGAGUGGGGCAGAGAAAGGCGGGGCUCCUAGUGCCUCCCGGAGCCGCACAGCGAGAAGCCGAAGGGCGGGUCGAGGCGGGGCGAGACGAGCUUAGCGGCGGAGCGGGGCGAGCAGGGGGCGGGGCCUUGGUGACGUGACCUAUGAGCAGACGGGGCCGAAGGGAGCGGAGGCGGAGCCCGAGCCCGACUGGACUGGGCCGAGCGGGGCCAAGCGGGCGGCCAUGGCCCUGCGGAGGGUAUCUGACUGGGAGUGUCCUCUACAGCCGAUCCGGCGCCACUCAGCCAUCACCCGGGAGGCGGAGCAGCGCGCCUGGCAAUGGUGCCGGGAGUUCUUGGCCGGGGCCUGGCGCCUAGUGAAAGCCGACGAGCUGGAAGUGAGCCCGGUGAGCGGGGGACUCAGUAGCCUGCUCUUCCGGUGCUGCCUCCCGGAGCAUAUACCCAGCGUCGGAGACGAGCCCCGGGAAGUGCUCCUGAGGGUCUAUGGGGCCAUCCUGCAGGGAGUGGACUCCCUAGUCCUGGAGAGCGUGAUGUUUGCCAUCCUGGCCGAGCGUUGUCUGGGCCCCCGGCUUUAUGGGGUCUUCCCCGAAGGGAGGCUGGAGCAAUUUAUUCCGAGCAGGGCGCUUCGUUCACAUGAGCUGCAAGACCCCGAGAAGUCCGCAGUGAUCGCCAUCAAGAUGGCCCGGUUCCACUACAUGGAGAUGCCCUUCACCAAGGAACCUACAUGGCUGUUCGGGACCAUGGACCAGUACAUAAGGAAGAUCAAGCGGUUGCCACCUUCCGAUGUGCCCAAAGUCAAUCUGUUAGAGAAGUACCAACUGGAGAAAGAAAUUGACUACCUACGGUGGGCACUGGGCCCUGAGGCACUCCCUCCCCAUGUGCUGCCUGCUGAGAAGGGGAAGCAUCUUGGGAAAGGCUUCCCAGGGCGGCCCUACACCAACCCCCUCCCUUGGCAUCCCCCCAAGGAAGGCCUGUUCCCUGCCAUCUACGCUCCCCUCCCCCAAAGCUGGAGAAGCCCUGGGAGGGAGAAGUGGCCGUCUGGAACCUCAGUGAAAUUCCUGGAAUCGACCCCCUCCCCGGUGGUAUUCUGUCAUAAUGACAUCCAAGAAGGAAACAUCCUGCUGCUCAGUAACCCCAAAACCUCGGCGCCUUUGGAUAAGCUGAUGCUCAUAGAUUUUGAGUACAGCAGCUACAAUUACAGGGGCUUUGACAUUGGGAACCACUUCUGUGAGUGGAUUUACAACUAUGACCACAACGAAUGGCCCUUCUUCCAGGCCCUGACUGAAAACUACCCCUCCCAGGAACAGCAGCUUCAUUUCAUCCGAAAUUACCUGUCAGAAAUCCAAAGGAAUGUGACUCCCUCCCCAGAAGGGCAAGCCCAGUUGGAAAAGGAGAUGCUGGUGGAAGUAAACAGGUUCGCCCUGGCGUCGCACAUAUUCUGGGGCCUCUGGUCCAUCCUCCAGGAUGCUCUGUCCACCAUUGAGUUCGGCUACUUGGAAUAUGCACAAUCUCGAUUCCAAGGCUACUUCAAGCUGAAGGAGAGUCUGGCCCCCUUCUAACAGGCCUCCUCCUCCCUGCUCUCCCCACCCCGGGACACUGGAAUCCAAGGGGCAGGCGGCGACGAAGCGGAGAUGGAGGCUCAGGAGGGCAUCGGAGGACUCGGCUGGCCGCCGCUGAGAAGGGACCAAACACCAAAGGAUCAGCCCCCGCGCUAGCCACACCCAGAUCUCUCCCCAGCCCUAGUCUGAACUGUGAUUCCCAGCCGGCGGAGGAGCCUGCCCAGCUGGGGUGGCCACUUCUGUACCCUCCACCUUCACACCAAUAAAGGCUACCUGCUGCUGGCUUUGCCCAGCUGGGUCUCA